AUGGUUGCAAGCUGGCCUGAGCCCAUUGUUUCAGUUCAAGCCUUGUCCCAAGCCGGCGUAUCCACUGUCCCAAACCGGUAUGUUAAACCCACGAAUCAGAGACCGGUCUACAACUCUGAUCAAUCCGGUUUUGACGUGGAAAUCCCCGUGCUAGACAUGGGCGACGUGUGGAGGAAACCGGAGGGGCUGAAGCGAGUGAGGAAAGCAUGUGAGGAGUGGGGUUUCUUCCAACUGGUGAACCAUGGUGUAGACCACGGUCUGAUGGAGAGAGUGAGAGGAGCGUGGCGAGAAUUCUUUGAUUUACCGGUAGAGGAGAAACUAAAGUACGCAAACUCACCUGACACGUACGAAGGCUAUGGAAGCAGGAUUGGUGUUGUGAAAGAUGCUAAAUUAGAUUGGAGUGAAUAUUUCUUCCUCAAUUACUUGCCAUCUUCCAUAAGAAACCCUUCCAAGUGGCCAUCUCAGCCUCCUAAGAUAAGAGAAUUGAUCGAAGAGUACGGAGAAGAAGUGAGGAAACUGUGUGAGAGGUUGGUGGAGACAUUGUCAGAGAGUUUAGGUUUAGAACCAAACCAUCUCAUGAAGGCCUUUGGAGGUGAAGACAAAGUCGGGGCUAGUCUGAGGGCAAAUUUCUACCCAAAAUGCCCUCAGCCACACCUCACUUUAGGUCUUUCUUCCCAUUCUGACCCUGGUGGCAUCACCAUUGUCCUCUCCGACGAGAAUGUCGCUGGCCUACAGGUCCGACGCGGUGACUGCUGGGUCACUGUUAGAUCCGUCCCCAAUGCUUUGAUCGUUAACAUUGGAGAUCAGGUUCAGAUACUUAGCAAUGGAAUUUACAAAAGCGUGGAGCAUCAGGUGAUUGUUAAUUCUGGUAUGGAUCGAGUCUCCUUAGCACUCUUCUACAACCCAAAAAGUGAUAUCCCGAUCGGACCAGUGGAAGAACUCUUAACCGAGAACCGACCUGCUCUUUAUAAACCGAUCAGGUUCGACGAGUAUCGUCUUAUGAUUAGGCAAAAGGGUCCUAGUGGGAAAAAUCAAGUCGAUUCAUUGUUAGCAAGCACAUGA